GGAAACUUCAAAAUCUAUUCGUCCAAGUGUAACCUGAGGGUCCACCCACUGCUCCGCUGCUGCCGAGCCCGGCUCUAACCCCUGGUACCAUCACUGCACAUGUCAUAAGCAGCAGGAAGCGAGCUGGUGGUCCUGACACGGAGCUUUAAACACGUUCACAGUCGACCAACAACAACGCUAUGCCUCUCCGGGUCGUGGUGCAGGGUCCUGGGCCCUGGGGGUUCAGGCUGGUCGGAGGAAAGGACUUCGAGCAGCCGCUGACUAUUUCCCGGGUCACCCCUGGGAGUAAAGCUGCUCAGGCCAACCUGUGUAUCGGAGACAUGAUCCUGGCUAUCGACGGAGAUCCCACGGAGAGCAUGACUCACUUGGAAGCGCAGAACAAGAUCAAGGGGUGCAUAGAUGAGAUGGUGCUCUCCUUAGACAGGUCAGAAACUAAAAUGUGGUCACCGCUUUCAUCUGAGGAAGGGAGGACACAUCCCUACAAGAUGAAUCUUGCAUCGGAGCCCAAGGAGGUGCUCCACAUAGGCUCGACCCACAACAGGAGUGCUCUGCCGUUCUCUGGGUUUGGCCCCAAAGUGGUGACCAACCAGUACAACAGCCCCUCAGGUCUCUACUCUUCAGAGAACAUCAAGGACUUCAACUCGGCCGUGGACGAAGUCAAGACCAUUGCUGCCGCUAACGAACCCAACAACAAAGCUCCAUCAGAUCCCUCGCAGACGGGCAAGCGGCCGCCUGUAGCAGCAGAUUCAGAGGUUUACAAGAUGCUGCAGGAGAACCAAGAGGCUGAUGAGCCUCCGCGACAGUCGGCCUCAUUCAAAGUGCUUCAGGAGAUCCUCGAGACGGGUGACCCUGAUAAACCGUCAGGGUUCAGGAGUGUGAAAGCACCCUCAACAAAGAUGGGAUCAUCGGUGGGGAACACAGAGAAGUUACCCUCCUGUGACAAAUGUGGAUCUGGGAUUGUGGGGAUGGUGGUGAAGCUGAGGGACAAGUUCCGUCACCCCGAGUGCUACACCUGUACAGACUGCGACGUCAACCUAAAACAGAAGGGACAUUUCUUUGUGGAGGACCAGAUUUAUUGUGAGAAGCACGCACGCGAGCGAGUGACGCCUCCGGAGGGAUACGACGUGGUCACCGUCUUCCCCAAGUAGAGCGCCCUGCCUCGGAACGCAUGCCACUAUAGGACUCCGUGACAUAAUCAAGACAUUACAGCAUUUAGCUCAUUCUACUCCUUCGACGCUCAAAUGGUCUUCUCUCGCAUUAUGCUUCAGUACAGUCACUGGUAGGCAGGACAGUAAAGAACUACAACUUUGAAAAUGUUGAUUUGCACAUUGACUUUGGCAUCUACAAAAGGAAAAUUUAUGAAUACUAUGAAAUUAUGGCAUUUCUCUCCCUUUUUAAAAAAAUAAUAAUUCUCCAUUUGAAUGACAGCCACUGUGUUAAGUAAUUAAUGAAUAGUAUUAAGUAAUAUUUGUCUUUGUACAUGUUCAGUAUGUUCGGUUGAAUCAGGUGAACAAAGGAAAGCCACACUUUUUCACCCCAAGAGACAUGUUUUCUACAGUUUUAUUAAAUAAAUAGACCAACUUUUAUUCAGCAAAAACACAUUUGAACAUUAUUACCAAAAUAAAUAUUUUUACC